AGAUAGGGAGCCAGAGACCAUGGCCCAAGUGAAAUUUUUUGUCGAGAGCAUGUCGAACGUAUCGUGAAAGACUGCUUCAUAACAUACGGAGGAGGCCAACUCGAUACUCCAGUCUUCGAGCGAAAAGACAUCUUAACGAACAAAUACGGCGAGGACGCCAAACUCAUCUUCGAUUUAACGGACCAGGAAGGAGAACAGUUGUCAUUACGAUACGAUGACAUUGGCCAUGGUUAUAGCCAAAUGACUUGAAAGGUGGGCGGAAACAUACCUGGACGAGGAAUGGGAGAGGUUACAAAUACAACAUAUCGUCGAGCGUCUGGACCGACAUCACUCCUGUCUCUGGUAGUGAUCUGUACGUCGGUUUUGGUGGUCUCAGUGUCGACCUCCAAAAGCCUGGUACCGUCAUGGUCGCUGCGCUCAACUCCUGGUGACUUGAUCGGCAAAUCUACCGCAGCACCGACAGUGGCGCAACGUGGUCGCCUCCUUGGGCUUGGAGUGCCUCCGGUUAUCCCAACAUCGACAAAUUCUACUCGUACGAUGACUCGCUGGCACCAUGGAUUGGCCCCGACUAUGUCGAAACGACCCUUGGGACGCUUCAGAUCGGUUGGUUGAUGGAAUCUCUGUCAAUUGAUACAUUUGAUAGCAAUCACUGGUUGUAUGGCGCUGGAGAAACUAUUUACGGAGGACACGAUCUGCUGAAAUGGGUCAUGACACACACAACGUUACUCUCAAAUCUCUUGCCAACGGUAUGGAAGAGACGGCCGUCCAAGGGCUGCUCUCUCCCCCAACUGGUCCUAAUCACCUAAGCGCAAUACUCGGUGUCGAAGGUUUCGUCCACAUGAGUUUGACUGAGCCUCCAGUGAGCUUUUAUACCAACCCGGUCCCCAUGUGGUCUAGUGGCGUGGACUUGGAUUAUGCUGGUAAUGUACCGGCGAGUAUUGUGCGCAUUGGGAACGGCGACAGCUCGACAGGCGAGCAAGUAGCGAUUUCCACGGACUUCGGGGCAACACGGUCUCAAGACUAUGGUGCCGCCGAUAACAUCACCAGUGGAAAGGUUGCAUUUUCGGCCAACGGUGAUACUGUUCUCUGGAGAACGAGCGCCAACGGAGUUCAGGUCUCUCAAUACACGAACCCGUUUGCUUCUGUCCCGACUUUACCGGAUGACGCACAAAUAGCUUCGGACAAAGUCAACAAUUCCGUAUUUUACGGUGCUUCUGGAUCCAAGUUCUACAUUUCGAAGGAUGGAGGAAAGACGUUUUCGUCCAUCUCCGCCUUAGGUUCUUCCACUACUCCCGCGAGAGUGAUUGUCCAUCCAAGCGUCACUGGAGACGUAUGGGUCUCCACGGAUAAGGGUAUCGUCACUCAAGCAUGGUCAAUUUCCUUAGGAGCACCAGCUAAGACUGGUGGAUACCCUGCCCUCUUUGCCAUCGCGGCUUUCGGUUCUCAGUCUGGUUAUUUCCGCUCAGAUGACCAAGGCGUCAACUGGGUUCAGAUCAACGACGCUUCGCAUGGCUUUGGCUCGUUUAGUGCUAAUGUUAUCAGCGGUGAUCCUCGAAUUUUCGGACGUGUCUAUGUCGGGACAAACGGUCGUGGAAUCUGCACCUUCUCCAACAGUCACUGCACCGACGAACUCCGUCAAAUCAACUUCCACAGCAUCGACAACAGUAAGCAGAUCAACAACUAGCAUCAUUACGACUAGCCCGUCUGUCACACCACUGUGGUAUCAACUUCAACACAUGCAUCAACGACUAGCUCCGCACCAGUUGCAAUACAAAGUGUAUACGGACAAUGUGGUGGAAAUGGAUGGACUGGACCGACAGUUUGUGCAAGCGGAUCUACUUGCACCUACAGCAAUGGUUAUUACUCGCAAUGCGUCCCGAAGUGAGGAAUCUGAAUGUUGUCACUUUGGUCGUCCUAGCUGCAAUAUUAUUACUGCGAUGGUUCCGAGGAUUGCGUGGUGCU